CGCAGGAGGAGGCGCGCGGCCGCCGGCGGACUCGGGCGGUCGGAGCGGGGCGGCCCGGGUCUCUCCUCUGCUCCCGGCCGAUCGGCGGCCUCGGGCCCCCCCGGCAGGGGUGGUGGAUGGCGGCCGGCGUCUGCAGCCCCGGGCCCGGCUCCGGCCUGUGGUAUCACCGGGACCUGAGCCGAGCGGCGGCCGAGGAGCUGCUGGCUCGGGCGGGCAGGGACGGCAGCUUCUUGGUGCGGGACAGCGAGAGUGUGAACGGGGCCUACGCGCUGUGUGUGCUGUAUCAGAAGCACGUGCAUACUUACAGGAUCUUGCCCGACGAAGAUGAUUUUCUGGCAGUACAGACUUCUCAAGGUGUGCAGGUGAGACGAUUCAAAACACUGAAUGAGCUCAUCGCGUCAUACCUGCAGCCAAACCAAGGCCUGGUCAGCACCCUGCUCUACCCUGUAGAGAGGGAAGACAAGAAGGAGACAGCCGAGGACAAGGACUACUCAGAUGGUGAAGAUGACAAGCCACCAUUGCCGCCUCGCUCUGCCUCCACCAGCUUCACAGGCAGUGCUGGCACCUGCCUCUCCCCUGUGCCUCAAGAUGGAACAGCAGAGAGUGCGGCCAAUGGGAUGACCACCAUGUCCCACGAGUACUUGAAGGCGAGCUACGUGUUGGAUCUGGAGGCGGUAAAGGCAGGUGCUACCACCCUCCCGCACCUCAAUAAAGCCUUAGUGACAUCCUGCAAGAGGCUGAACAGUGAAGUUGAUAAAGUCCUGGCUGGCUUGGAAAUACUAUCGAAGAUAUUUGACCAGCAGAGCUCACCACUGCUAACACGAUUGAUACAGCAGGCCAGUAGUCAGGGUGGAGAUCAGGAACUGGAAAACCUGGUUAUGAAGCUCUCAGUCCUGAAGGACCUCCUGUCUUCCAUGGAGAGGAAGGCUUUGAAAGCACUGCAGGAAAUGAGUUCCUGUCCCAGCUUCACCUCGCAGUCUUCCAUGUUCUCUCACGCAAUACCUCGCAAGGCAAAGAGUAUUCCAGUGCAGGCCUUUGAGGUGAAACUGGAUGUAAACCUGACUGACUUAACAAAGAUUGGUAAAUCACAGAAACAUUCGCUCAGUGUGGAUGUGGAUGGGGAUAAACUGGUGGUUAUGAAGAAAUCCAAGGACGCUCAGGAGGACUGGAACACAUUUACACAUGACAAAAUUCGGCAGCUGAUAAAGUCACAGCGUGUCCACAACAAGCUGGGAAUUUUGUUUGAAAAGGAAAAGGAUAAAACACAGAGGAAAGACUUCAUCUUUGAAACCACGAGGAAGCGAGAGGCAUUUUGCCAACUCCUGCAGCUAAUGAAGAACAAGCAUUCGAAGCAGGACGAACCAGACAUGAUUUCCAUCUUCAUCGGCACCUGGAACAUGGGAAGUGCCCCCCCUCCAAAAAUUAUGGCGUCUUGGCUCGUAUCCAAAGGCCUUGGAAAAACCCUGGAUGAGAUGACGGUCACUAUUCCACAUGACAUCUACGUCAUUGGGACCCAGGAGAACUCUGUGGCAGACAAGGAGUGGGUCGACUUUGUCCGAGGCAAUUUGAAGGAGUGCACUGACCUGGACUUCAAACCAAUUGCAAUGCAGACACUCUGGAACAUUAAAAUCGCAGUCCUGGUGAAGCCGGAGCACGAGAACAGGAUCAGCCACGUCAGUACGUCGAGCGUGAAGACUGGAAUAGCCAAUACCCUGGGUAACAAAGGUGCAGUUGGCGUUUCCUUCAUGUUCAAUGGCACGUCAUUUGGAUUUGUUAACUGCCAUUUAACGUCUGGUAAUGAGAAGACUGCAAGGCGAAACCAGAACUACCUGGACAUCCUGAGGUUACUUUCUCUGGGGGAUAAGCAGCUGAGCUCCUUUGACAUCUCCUUACGGUUCACACAUCUCUUCUGGUUUGGGGACCUCAAUUAUCGGUUGGACAUGGAGCUGCAGGACAUUCUGAAUUACAUCAAUAGGAAGGAGUUGGAGCCUCUGCAGAAAGUUGACCAGCUCAACCUGGAGAGAGAGAAAAAUAAAAUAUUCCUUCGAUUUUUGGAAGAGGAGAUCACCUUCCCUCCAACGUAUCGAUACGAGAGAGGUUCCCGGGAUGUCUAUGUCUGCCACAAGCAGAAACCAACUGGGGUGCGCACAAAUGUCCCAUCGUGGUGUGACAGAAUCUUGUGGAAGUCGUACCCUGAGACUCAUAUCAUUUGUAAUUCCUACGGGUGCACGGAUGAUAUUGUGACGAGUGACCACUCACCGGUCUUCGGUACCUUCGAAGUUGGUGUGACAUCUCAGUUUGUAUCUAAAAAAGGACUGUCCAAGUCAUCUGACCAAGCCUACAUCGACUUUGAGAAUAUUGAAGCCAUUGUUAAAACCGCCAGCAGGACCAAGUUCUUCAUCGAGUUCUAUUCAACGUGCCUGGAAGAAUUCAAGAAAAGUUCUGAAAACGACACGCAAAGCAGUGACAAUGUGAACUUCCUGAAGGUCGGCUGGUCAUCGAGGCAGCUUCCAACGCUGAAGCCAAUUCUGUCAGAUAUCGAAUAUCUCCAGGAUCAGCACCUCCUCCUCACAGUCAAAUCGGUGGACGGUUAUGAAUCCUACGGCGAGUGCUGCAUCGCACUGAAGUCGAUGAUCGGCAGCACCGCUCAGGUGUUCCUCACCUCCCUGUCACACCGGGGGGAAGAAACUGGCAACAUCCGAGGCUCCAUGAAGGUCCGUGUGCCAGCGGAGAGAGCCGGCACCCGGGAGAGGCUUUAUGAAUGGAUUCGAGUCGACAAGGAUGAGACAGGAGCUACCAAGGGGAAGCCAGGGAGCCGAAUGAACGCGGACCUGAAAGGGAAUUCCAAGAAGCCGGUGCCUGUGGAGACCUCCGGGUCGCAGCUGGGGAAACACUGCGAGGAGCUGGAGAAGACUGCCUCGGGCCCCGCCGGGCGUACACCAGCACUGCACCCUGCGUCAGCUGCAGAUGACAGGACCAAGCAGCAGGAGCUGCACUCGGAUGCGGACGUGCUGUGUUCCAAGAACAGCUUCAACAACCCUGCCUACUAUAUGCUGGAGGGAGUGCCUCUGUCACCGGAGCAUCAGGUCCCAGGCAUUCCCAAAGCAGCGCAGAAAACCAAAGGCCACACCACCCCGGGCCCGCAGGACAAGAAGCGGCAGCAGCUGGGUCGCCCUCCCCUGGCCAGCGAGGAGGGCUCCCUCUCGGACGACGAGGGCCUGACCCUCAAUCGGCCACCUCCCGACUACCCCCCUCCCCCCCUGCCCAAGGCGGUGGAGGUGGACAUGAUUGACAACCCUUUCUACGCCACCUCGAAGGAGCUCCAGAGGCAGAAGUCGGCGCCAGCCAAGGAGGAAGCCAUCCCGAGGAACCUCGGCGGCAAACACCGGACCCCCACAGACCCCCUGGAAACCAAAGCCCCCUUUCCGCCCAAACCCCACCCCAAGGGCCAGCUGUCCCCUGGCACUGGGCAGCUGCUGCCCCCGUACAUGGCCAACCACUGCAGCCCUGCCUACCAGGGUGCUGUCGACGAUCGCUCCUACUCUGCCCUGCAGAUGGCCAAGAGCCUCAGCGAGGUGGACUACCAGCCGGGCAAGGCUGACGCCAUGCUGAGGAACCCUCCACUGCCAGUGAAAGGGCAGCCUCCCCGAGGGCUUCUCCCUGACUAUAGUCGCCCCACCACCUUCCCCCCACGCUCAAUCAGGGAGAGCAUCGAGGAAGACAUGGCCGAAGAGGCCUCGUGCCAAGCGAGCAGCACCAGUUCCAGUCUGUCACAUGACUCCAGCGUCGGUAACUGGUUACGUCGCCUGGGCUUGGAGAGGUAUGAAGAGGGGCUGAUCCACAACGGCUGGGAUGACCUGGAAUUCCUGAGUGACAUUACAAAAGAGGACCUGGAGGAAGCUGGAGUGACCGAUGUCACUCACAAGAACAUCCUGUUGGAGAGUUUGCAACAAAUGGGAAAGUAACUAGCAGCCGGGACUCUUUCUUAAUAUUUUUUUAAAAAGUGCCUUAAGGGAGAUUUUAUUUUAACAAUAGUUUCUAAAACUCCUGAAGAAACAUUGUAAAGGAUAAACUUAAAUACAACUGACUGUCCAAGUGAGGAGGGCUUUUGCCGCCCAAGCACUGAUUCUAGGACUAACCAUACUGCAGAGUGCAGAACCUGCCGGCUCUGUUCUGUUAUUCCAUCCUUCUUACCCGCAGCAGGGUGUGUGAUCACUCCGGGCUUCUGCCAUUUUGUUUGUGAGAGGUGGGGAGCAACUGUCUGUGCAGAAUCAGCAAUGGUGAUCCUCCCAGUAACCCACAGAUUUGGUAGGUUGUAGUUGAACCACAGGACCCCCUCACAGUGCCCAGGGUUAACGUGGCAUCUUCCAAAGUUCUGGGGAAUUGUCUUCAGGCUGAAGGACUCAUCAUGUGAGGAGUUCUACUGCACCCACAAACAUGCCGUCCAUUCACAGUUACUGUACGUGUGUGUGUGUGUGUGUGUGUGUGUGUUAGAACAGAGUGAGCCAGGGAGUCAGGGGUGCAGUCUUUGACGUUUGGGACCAAGCUGUUUUGACUGCAUGAUCCUGUUUUAAAUCCCACAGGGAGCUGCUGUUACAGAGUUGGCUGGGAAGGGGGAAGAGGGCCACACCAUGUAUCACAAGCUGGGUGGAUGUGGCAUUGACCUUCUGACUUGGGUUAACACUGUGGAGAGAGCUCCUGGGACUGUCCUCCCUUCUCCCCCCCUUUGCGGGCACUAGUGUUAGCCAGCUCAGUCCUGCCGUACUCCAGCAGAGUGCUGCCUCCCCCAGGGUGGGUGGAAGUGGGGGCUGCACCUGUCGCUCUGCUUAACCUGUGGGGCAGGUUCCAGUCGGCCACACCUGCUGGCCAGGUGUGUGGGCCGUCUCCGCAGAGUCUGAUGGAUGUGGGUCUGCUGUGUAAAAUCACCGUUCUCGUUCAGCUGUGGGGUCAGUCCAGAUGUUGCUUGGACGGUGUGGAGGGAGCUUUGCACUGCAUCUACCUUGUGAUUGGUACCAGAAUGGGAAGGAGAGCCACGGUUUCCAAAAGUGCUUAACAUGGCUCACUGAGGAACUGUUGUGCUCCUAGUGUGUGUACUAGCAAGGUGACCAACUGUGAGCUCACUUAAAACUAUCCCCAAAACAUCUUGGUGUUUUGUAUCCUGUGCCCUUGGUAGCAAUGUCGUUAAGGCUUCUGUAAAUUACAGGACUUCGCAAUUUAGAAAUUUAACCAGGAAAAUAAAGCCAUCUUCCUUAAAAUACAUCUGGCUUUGGAGCAGAGGGUCUUAGCUUCCUGAGUCACACAGCUUGUGCUGGCUAUUUUGGUUAAGGCUUUAAACUAUGUGCCUUUUGAAUACACUCCCGGGGAGUCUGUUCUGCUGGUUCCACACCCUGGCACCGUUGUGGGGUUCUCUGAAACUGGGUGGUCCAACUGAGGAGCGAUCAUCAAAGUAACUCGCUGAGAGCGGGCGAUCGGUGUUCAGAGAAUCCUGGAAAAGGCAGCUCAGAUCCUGCCCAAGUAGAAGAGAGCUGUGUUUUAUUUGCCGGGAAUGCCUUAGUGUUGCUCUGAGGUGCAGUUUUGGAAUUGGAGAAGUGCCCAGUGAGGUGUCUCACAGCACAGACUGUGGUGAAUCAAGGGAGACUGCCUCUGUGCUCCCUCCCUCCUUCCCUGCCUCACCCUCGACUCUGAACAACUGCCUGUGCCUCACCCAAGAAACUGACCAAGACCCUGCUGGGAGCCAGGGCGUUUGUUUGACUUGGGGAGGCGGUGUUUCACUGCCCCAUGUGGAGGGGUUUCAGGGGCUGGGAGCAGGUACAAUAACCCAUGGGUUCCUUUGCCUCUCCUUUAAACCAGGCUCCGAGACUACCCUGUGCCUGGCUGCCUGUGACCAGUGUGAUAUUGUUGGUCUGCAUUCAGUACUCCGCCAGAGCCUCAUUGGGGUGGGGGCUUCAUGUUAUUAAACCACCUGCUCCCAAGGUUGAUUAGCAUAGCGUUAAGGUGGUCCUGACCACCAUCUCACUGCCAGAACUCUGCUGCUUAUCAGGUCUGUGCUGUGCCCUCACCACACCUGCUCGGUCACUUUUCCUGAACUGGGAAAACAAAUGUUACCAAGGAUCUGGAACUCAGCAAACCUUCAAAUCUGAACCUUCCCCGUUCCCCAACCCCCUUCCCAGCUAACCCACCAUGGGCAUUAUACUGUAGGGCAGGGGCGAUAAUGUGUCUGAUAAAUGCAGCGGAGCAGAGCCCCUCCCCCUCCCCUCCCCUCUCGCCCCUCGUCCCUCCCUCAAACUACCGUAGGUGGCUGAUUGCAGGUUGGACAGGGUAGUACUGGGGAAAACCUGUGAAUCCACGUUUAGGAAGUAGAGUGUGCGAUCGCCCAUGUCCUCGUCCUCUCCACACCCGGUGAUGCAGCUUCCCCACUGAGGAGUCAAGUGAUGCAGAAUUUAUAAACAGCAGAAUUUCUGAAAAUUUCCAGUGUUUAAUAAAUGGCUCCAAGUAUUUCCUCGGUGAGAUGCUCGAUCUCUGGGAGCUCACUCAUGUAACGAUGGGUCCCUCCUGCUCUGGAAAAGCUGCAUUAAGAACUCGGAGCAAAACGAGGCCACUCGGCCCUCCUGCUUGAUCUGACUAACUCCGCAUGCCCGGUGACCUUUCACCCCCUUGCUCAACAAGGAUCUAUCUACCUCAACCUCAGUGUUCAGAAACUCUGCUUCCAAAGUCCUACCACCCUCUGUGUGAGAGAGGUUCUUCCCUCAUCUCUGCCUUAUCUGGGUGUCUCCUUACUUUUAAACAUCGACUGCUAGUUCUAGAUCCUUCCACAGAAGGAAACAGCCUCUCCAAACCCUCCCUCUCGAGAUCCCUCAGGGUAUUGUUUGAGGUGAUUUUGUCCAUGGAAUAUAGACCGAACAGUACAGCAAAGGAAAAGGCCCUUCAGUCAGACACGAUGCCAAAUUAAACUAAUCCCUUCUGCCUACACAUGAUCUAUAUCCCUCCACUCCCUGCAAAUUCACGUCUCUCGAAAAAGCCUCAUAAACCCCACUAUCGUAUCUGCCUCCACCACCACCCCUGGUAACCCACCGCUCUGUGUGUAUUAAAAAAAAACCUGCCCCACACACCUUUAAACUUACCCCCUCUCCCCUUUAAUGCAUGUCCUCUAGUACUUUCUCACCAGGGUAGAAGUGUCUACCCUCUCUAUGCCCCUCAUUUUAUGUCCAGGAUUUUUCAAAUCGCUUCCCUGCAAACACCGGGGCCAGAGACUGUCCAACUUGUGUCUGUCCUGUCACUGAUUUUGACCCAACCUAUACCUCAGCUGUACUUGUUCCAUAUCCCUAGAUAACCUCAUCCAACAAAAGCACUUCUGGGAGACCUUCAGUGCACCCCCAGCUCUCCCAUCUUUUGAGGCGAGAGUUCUGGAUUUGCACACCUCUCUGUGUGAUUGGAGACCGUAACUGCAGGGUUGAGCACCUGUGAGCAAAUGCUUUGUUGCAUUGCUGUUCCGUGCUGAGAGAGCUGUGACACUGUGUGGUGACGACUGUCCUUCAGUUUGAGAGCAGUGAGUGCAGACAACAUUCUUAAAGUUUAAAAACCCCUGGACAAUUUUAAAUACUCCUUAUGGAAUAAGAUGUGUGAACUGCCAGCCUGUGAAGGGUUGUGUGUGUGUGUGUGUGUGGAGUCUUCACUAUUUGGAUUUUUUUUCGCUUUUACAAUAUCAUAGUUGGAAAGGUUUGUGAAGUUGCUUUAUCUGUGAUAUUUAAUGCAAAUUGUGACAUUUUUAUUUGUGUGCUUUCCCCCAUGUCCCAUCUCAGCCCUCUUCCUCCUGCCACAUGUGCUGGCAGCAGUGGAAGGUCACAGCAGGAAAAAUGAAAGCUGGUGAGGAAGACGCAUGCACACGCGUGUAUAUGCCUGCAUAUUCCUUUCAUUUCACUUAGUUUUGUAUUUUAAAUGAUUUAAUUAUGAUUGUAUAAAACUGUUUAAAAUAAAAGCUUUUAACAACAU